AUGGUGUAUGAAGAAUUCAUACUCCUAUCUACGCAGGUGUCCGACAGGUAUGUAUUUGAAUUCAGUGGUCCAGAAUUAAGACAACAAAAAGUGAAACUCCAAGGUAUAAAUAACCACUGGGAGGGGCUGCAGCUGUGCAGUAGCAAUUGCAUUGCAGGUGUGAGACCUCACGUUCAACCUCAGCAGAUCCAGCAAAAAGUUUUCAUGCAACAGAGCUUGGAAUAAGGUCUUCCUGAGAUUUUGGAGAGGCGCUGCCAGCCCAGGUAGGCAAUAAUGAACCAGAUGGGUCAUUAGCCUGUCUUAUAAACAAUUUGCUUUGUAUUCUUCUCAUGGGUGUAGCUUUUGGGAUUGUUCUCACAAACAAAAAUCGUAAUAUUCUAGAUACAGAAUAAGAACCAGAUUUACCUAUGUCUCUUUAGCAGAAAAACCUCCCAGCUUACUCAAAACACAGGUAUAUUCACAUUAAGCUAUGGAUAAUGAACUCUUGAAACCCAUGGGCCUCAUUUGGAUUUUGCUCCAUAAGGUAUGAAUAAAGCUGUUUGGAGAUGUAUCUGGAUGGAUGCAGCUAGGAGCUGUACCAAUCACUGCUUCUCUGCUGUAAGAUACAAGUGGAAUUGCAAUUGACUUUCCACACUUCGGAAUGGGGCAUAGCACUUUUUGGGGGGUGUACAUUCCCCUGAACAAACUCCCUCCACUGCACACCAAUUUCUAAAUUCUAUUCUUUAAUUUGCAUGAAUAUGCUUAUUUAAAUUACAAUUUUGUGAUUACUUUCAGGACGUCAAAAAUUAUUAGAGUGCAUUUUAGGGCAAAUUUCAUACACGGGGUGGGGUGUGAAUUAAUAUAUUGCUAAAAUGGCAGCAGCCAAAAAGGUAGCGAAGGUUAUUAUAGUCAUUCCACCCCACCCCCCACUUGAACAUGCCAAUGAUAUUUCAUUUCAGCAAUAUUGCACAAAUAUUUCCUUUAAAAAUAUAGCUGGAGACAUUAUAGCUCUAAUUAAAAGACUGAAUUUAAAAAUAAGCAUGAUAAUAAAAUGGCGCCCAGCCUGUGAAGGUGCACAGAAAUGGCAAUAGGUUCACCCUGCCUGAUAUAUCUCUGCACAUGUCAGAAACAUGUCUCUUAGAAGGGUUGGACGGGUAGUCUAAAGCAAUCUAAAGCAGCAGAGAGAGUGACUGUUCCAUUUGGGGGGGGGGAGUCAGAUUUGACAAGUCUUUUUGGAAGGCAGUCUGAGAAAGGAUGGAAGCAGCGUAGGAAAACACAGGACCACAACAAUUUGAUGACGCCAUCAUAUGGAUGCCCCAUAAAAGUGGAAAGCAUGACAAUGACACACUAAAUACUUACAGCGCAAUCUUAGGCAUGUGUACUCAGUUCAAUGGGACUUACACUUGGGUAAAUGGGUAUAGGACUGAGCCUAAGGCACCCUGAGAAAGAGCUUUCAUGUGAAUCUCACAUUUGUACUUGAGAACUGAUGUAUUACAAGAAUCGGAUAAUAUUUAACCAAGCUGCAGAACAAGUCUUUGACUUGGUAUAAAAGGUGCUUGGGAAAAAUGUAUUUCCUCCUGUAGAGAGGCUGACAAUGUAGUAAAUACUUCUACUGAUAAGAAAGUAUGUGAAGUUAAAGGAGGGGGGGAGUAGUUCUGACUAAGCAAGAUGUCUAAACUCUAACUUUUUAAUCAGGUGUGUUUAAUAAGAGGGUGGAGCUAAAUAUAUCCCACUUCACCACAUACUAAAUCAGGCUGGAGACCCUCAAGCCCAGUGCCAAUUGGAGCCCUCCAGGCCUCUGUCUGGCCCUCACAACUCUCCCCUGACUGCACCCUUCUCCCUAGGCUGUAUCUCUCACUGGUUCUGCUCCGUGGGCUUUUAUGUGACCAAAAUGCAUCCUUGGAGUAUGAUUAUCCACUUGCUUGCUUGGAUGGGGAAUGAAGAGAUGUGUACAUGCAUAGACUUCUGACUUUUGUAGGGGUGGUCUGUAGCCUCUUGUACAGAGUCAUGUCCAUUACUCCACUACUGCACAUUUAGAGGUAUCCUAAAACACAACAUCACUGUAGUACACAAUUGAAAAGCAUGUUGUCCUAAGGACACACUGAACACCCUACCUAUCCAUUAGGUCAUUUUUAUCAUUAAUAAAAUUGUAUCUAGUUUAAUAUUUUCAUACUGCUUUUCUGCCAAAACACAACCAAUACAUUUUUCUACAAUAGCGCAAAUUACAUCAAAUAAUAUGAUAAACCUUAAAGCCUUAAAACAGACGACAACAACAAAAACAACAUUAACAGAGUGAGGUUCUAAUCCUAAACCUUAUCUGGAAGCAUGUCUCAAUGAACUCCAUGGGACAUAUUUCUGAACUGACAGGUAUAAGAUUGCACUGUAAAACACAGUUCAUACUUUUAAAGCUGACUGGAAUAAAUGGAGUAUCUGCCUCCAGUUUAAAAAGGAGGAAGUCUGGCAGAGCUUCACAAGCAAGCAGCUCCACAAACCUGAUCAGGGGUCAGCAAACUUUUUCAGCAGGUGGCCUGUCCACUGUCCCUCAGACCUUGUGGGGGCCGGACUGUAUUUUGAAAAAAAAUAUAUGAAUGAAUUCCUAUGCCCCACAAAUAACCCAAAGAUGCAUUUUAAAUAAAAGCACACAUUCUACUCAUGUAAAAACACCAGGCAGGUCUCACAAAUAACCCAGAGAUGCUUUUUAAAUAAAAGGACACAUUCUACUCAUGUAAAAACACGCUGAUUCCCGAACCAUCCACGGGCCGGAUUUAGAAGGCGAUUGGGCCAGAUCUGGCCCCCAGGCCUUAGUUUGCCUACCCAUGCCUGACAUCAACACUGAAAAAGCUCUGAUUUAAAAGAGCCUUGCAGCCUUAGGUUACUCGUAGCCACUGUGUUAAGGGUAGUACCAAACACAGAAUAUAAAAAUCCAUAUUUUAAAAAAUAAUAAUAAUAAAUAGUGUAGUGCACUAAACAAAUUAAAUAAGGGGCUGAUGCUGGUGAGUGCUGGUGAGUGCUGGUGAGUUUUCUAGGUUGAUGUGAAAAUACAGAGUAAGCUAUGAUGUACAGUUUCAUACAUUUUGAGAAGCAGUGAGGUUACUAUAACAUCCUAAACACUUCGCCCAUAGGGCCAAAAAGUGUUGUUGCAUUUGCCAGUGGAUGCAUACCCUCUCUUAAUAUAAACAUUUGCAAGGACACCAGCAAGUGGACUGGGUUAUACAUUUUAAUCUCUGGAUUUGAUUAGAACCAUGGCCUGUGUUUAUAUAUUUUAAUCUUUGGAUUUUAUUAUCUUUCCAUUGCGGUUUGAGGAUUUAACUAAUACCUGCCACCCUCCUAGAACAACCUCUAAUGUCAGUAUAAUGCUGUGUGGUUCAAAGAAUACAGCUUGAGAACUUUUGUCUAAAGAUUUUGGAACUACAGAUCAUCUUUCUAAAUCAAAUCCUCACGUGGGACAUGCCCCAAUUUUCCUUGUAGUAACGGGCAUCUUUGCAGCCAGAAUCACAAUCUGCCUGUCCCCACUAGACUUCUCCACUGAGCUGCAUAUGACUUGAAGUUGCAGGAAGGAAUGUUUUGUGAUAAGAAUCAAACCUUCACCAGUCAAUGAGCAUUACGGCAAGUAGGCUCUGCUGACAGCCUGGCAUAUGAAUGGACUGUUUCUUGUCUAGGGAGAGCUCAGCAAAUCACUGGCUUAAGUGGCUCGGAAUUUGACUCAAAGGAAAGGAUGCAACAGGUGGCAUUAUCACUGCUAACCUUGCCUGCCCCCACUUUCUUACCUGUUGCAACAGUGUCUUUUGGUUCUUGCAUAGGGCACACUUAUGACCCUUCUUAAGUGCCCUAACAAGAAAGUAAAUUACUGCCUUGCGCAGAUUGCCCAUAAAGCCUUGCAGUUAGGAGGGGGGAAAUGAAAAGCUACUUUUGCAACAGUGCCAUUCCCUUUCAUUAGCAAAAGAAAGCAGAUCUCAUGAGGUCUGUGGAAUGUUAAGGAAUGCAGUAACUAAUGGGAAGGAAAGCGCUCAACAGAUACGUUUGCAGCAGUUUGAAUUUUCAUAAGACGACCCUGUGAACUAGUAUUUCAGAGGGUUACCUAUGAAGAGAAAGAAAAUGUGGGAGGUGGGGGGCAGCAAGUUCCACUCUCCCUAACAAAUUCAAAAAGGUAGAGCUAAAGAAAAAUGCUCAAUUCUGGGUUACCGAAACAUAAAAAUAAAAUUUUUAUAUUCUAAUAGAUAAAAUAUAUGCUACAGAUAAAUAUUUGCCCAAUGCAAAAGGCCAAAAGAAGUGCAGAACUUCCUCAUCUCACCUCCUUGCUUUAGGGAUCCCUUAGGCUGUGAUUGGUUUAGAGCCAUAGACAUCCCUUCCUGGGUGUGCGUAGCAUCAGUCCUGUGUUAUCUCGCUAUGGAAAGGUCAGGGACACACUGCUUCCCUGCAGUCUAGAUCUGCCUGACACGGCUCGUUCACACUUCCGCUUGUCCCGUGCCUAGAAAGCAUGAGUCUGAGAGAUUUCCCCCUUGCCCUGCUCUUUCCCAAGGAAAGCCCACUCUUUAGCUCUACAUCAGAACAAAUGGAAAUCUGUAGAAACCUGAUCUGUUUAUUUCAACUGAGCACUGAAGAGCAGUUUUCCCUUGGCGAAAACCAUGGAACAAGAGGAAGAAUGGAUCAGCCCAGUCUCUCGCCCUCCCCAUCUCCAUCUGCUCCACGAGACUGACACCCCCUUUGAGUCGCACCAGUCACUUUGCCUUAGGGGAAAAAAGGCUCAGUGAACUUUACUGGCCCACAGCCUGGUCACCAACCUUGCCCCUAUGCUCAGGCUCCUGACCAACAUCUGUAGAUAGUUUAGUUAAUGGAAACAAAUAAGGAUGACCAGAGUCUGUUACUAUAAUCAGUAAAGCUGUUUAUCCCUUGAUAGCUUUGACUACAUAACACAGCACAGUCACUAAGCAAUCCAGUAAUCGCAAAGACAAAGUUUGUCUCCAGGUUUUCUGGAGUUUCGUAUAGUGAGUGUUCGCAUACCUGUGUGUAUUAGGAAAAUUUGGUUUACAGUAAGAUGCUGGAGGAUUUUCAGGAGUAUUAAAAAAAAAAAGAACCCAAAUUCCCAAUGAAACCAUGUGGAAAUGGGGAGGACUGACUUUAAGAUUUGAAUAGUGAGAAACUGAAAUGGACAGAUUCACACAUCCCUAUACUGAAGUCAGAACAGCCAUGUUAGGGUAGCAACUAUCAACCUUCCAGAAAGCAGAACUGAGGAGAAAAAUGUUUGGGUAUGAGAAAUCGGGCUGAUAGCUGUUGCUUUAUUACACGCAAACUUUCAAAUACAGAAGCAAUACCCUUUUCCAGGUUUCCUAAUUGAAUCAGCUGUGAAAAAAAUCCAUAGACAGAAGUUGUUCUGCCACCUUUUGGGGGGUUGCAGGUGCAUUCAAUCUGCCAAAUGUAAUCCUGAGCUUAAAUUGAAGAAAGUAGGAAAAACCACUGGGCCAGUAAGAGACAAUCUAAAUCAAAUCCCUUAUGAAUACACAGUGGAAGUGAGGAACAGGUUUAAGGAUUUAGAUUUGGUGGACAGAGUGCCUGAAGAACUAUAGGUGGAGGCUCGCAACAUUAUACAGGAGGCAGCAACUAAAACCAUCCCAAGGGAAAGGAAAUGCAAGAAAGCAAAGUGGCUGUCCAACGAGGCCUUACAAAUAGCGGGGGAGAGAAGUCAAGCAAAAUGCAAGGGAGAUAGAGAAAGAUACAGGAAAUUGAAUGCAGAUUUCCAAAACAUAGCAAGGAGAGACAAGAAGGCCUUAUUAAAUGAGCAAUGCAAAGUAAUAGGGGAAAACAAUAGAAUAGGAAAAACCAGACAUCUGUUCAAGAAAACUGGAGAUAUGAAAGGAACAUUUCAUACAAAGAUUACCAUAAUAAAGGACAAACGUGGUAAGGACCUAACAGAAGCAGAAGACAUCAAGAAGAGGUGGGAAGAAUACACAGAGGAAUUAUACCAGAAAGAAAUGGAUGUCUCGUACACCCCAGGUAGUGUGGUUGCUGACCUUGAGCCAGACAUCCUGGAGAGUGAAGUCAAAUGGGCCUUAGAAAGCACUGCUAAUAACAAGGCCAGUGGAAGUGAUGGUAUUCCAGCUGUACUAUUUAAAAUUUUAAAAGAUGAUGCUGUCAAGGUGCUACACUCAAAUGCCAGCAAAUUUGGAAAACUCAGCAGUGGCCAGAGGAUUGGAGAAGAUCAGUCUACAUCCCAAUCCCAAAGAAGGGAAGUGCCAAAGAAUGCUCCAACUACCGCACAAUUGCACUCAUUACACACGCUAGCAAGGUUAUGCUUAAAAUUCUACACGGCAGGCUUAAGCAGUAUGUGGACUGAGAACUCCCAGAAGUACAAGCUGGAUUUCGAAGGGGCAGAGGAACCAGAGACCAAACUGCAAACAUGCGCUGGAUUAUGAAGAAAGCUAGAGACUUCCAGAAAAACAUAUACUUCUGUUUCAUUGACUACACAAAAGCAUUUGACUGUGUCGACCACAGCAAACAAUGGCAAGUUCUUAAAGAAAUGGGAGUGCCUGAUCACCUCAUCUGUCUCCUGAGAAAUCUCUAUGAGGGACAAGAAGCUACAGUUAGAACUGGAUAUGGAACAACUGAUUGGUUCAAAAUUGGGAAAGGAGUACGACAAGGCUGUAUAUUGUCUCCCUGCUUAUUUAACUUAUAUGCAGAAUUCAUCAUGCGAAAGGCUGGGCUGGAUAAAUGCCAAGCCGGAAUCAAGAUUGCCGGAAGAAAUAUCAACAACCUCAAAUAUGCAGAUGACACAACCUUGAUGGCAGAAAGUGAGGAGGAAUUAAAGAACCUUUUAAUGAGGGUGAAAGAGGAGAACGCAAAAUAUGGUCUGAAGCUCAACAUCAAAAAAACGAAGAUCAUGGCUACUGGGCCCAUCACCUCCUGGCAAAUAGAAAGGGAAGAAAUGGAGGCAGUGAGAGAUUUUACUUUCUUGGGUUCCAUGAUCACUGCAGAUGGUGACAGCAGUCACAAAAUUAAAAGACACCUGCUUCUUGGGAGAAAAGCAAUGACAAACCUAGACAGCAUCUUAAAAAGCAGAGACAUCACCUUGCCGACAAAGGUUUGUAUAGUUAAAGCUAUGGUUUUCCCAGUACGUAGUGAUGUAUGGAAGUGGUGCUGGAGGAGACUCUUGAGAGUCCCAUGGACUGCAAGAAGAUCAAACCUAUCCAUUCUGAAGGAAAUCAGCCCUGAGUGCUCACUGGAAGGACAGAUCCUGAAGCUGAGGCUCCAACACUUUGGCCACCUCAUGAGAAGAGAAGACUCCCUGGAAAAGACCCUGAUGUUGGGAAAGAUUGAGGGCACAAGGAGAAGGGGACGACAGAGGACGAGAUGGUUGGACAGUGUUCUCGAAGCUACUAACAUGAGUCUGACCAAACUGCGGAAGGCAGUGGAAGACAGGAGUGCCUGGCGUGCUCUGGUCCAUGAGGUCAUGAAGAGUUGGACACCACUAAACGACUAAACAACAACAACAGUAAUUAAGCCAUCCCAGAACACGAGCGUCUUUCUUGGAAAUGACGAGGGGAGAAACUUAGGAAAGGAGUGACAUUUUUAUCAAGUUACAACUGACAAGGAAAGGGGGUUAUUUUAUGUAUUCUUCUGCUGAAGCAAAUCGGGGAGGAGGGAAAUGUAAAUUAAUUCCUGGCUUGUCUUUCAGGGCACAGUGCCCUCACAAGACAGCCUAUAAAAGGAAAUUUUAAAAGUCAUAAAACAUCAGAAGCACAAUAAAAACAACAGAUUACUGUUCAAAACCAUUAAUUUAAACCACCAGCAGCCAAAUGCUUUCAAGCACAGCACAUUAAUGAAAUGUGAGCUGGGAUAAAAGCAUCCUCAAAAUUCUCCUGAAAACCAGCAGUGACGAGGCCAUACACAUCUCCUUAAGGAGGCAGUUCCAAAGAUAGGGUUCUGCCAGUGAAGAGACUCAUCACUGGUAGACUGCUGUCUGUCAAGUCUUACUUAGCAGACCAGAGGGCAGGGUGGGAAGAAUAGCUUUUCUCCAGGCUUUACAAAGCAGCUCCCUUCUUUUUCCAUUCAGAAAUCCUACAGUUGGUACUUACCUGGAACGUGGGUCGAGAUGUCAAUCCUUGAAGAGCACUUCUGUUGUUAAACUCCAUGCAGCACUCUGCACAUGGCACAGGGUAUUUUGGGGUAAGUGAUAGAGAAAUUUAGAAAAUGUAAUAAUAAUUCCCAGCAGGUACUUAAAUGUCAAUGUAUUGUCUCCAGGAGAAUGCAGUUCCUCAUCACCACCACUAGCAAGUCCUUUGUAAUUAUGCAAGAACAGGGAUGUGUUUGUGGGUGUACCCGGGUACCGCGGGUGGCGCUGUGGUCUAAACCACUGAGGCUCUUGGGCUUGCCAGUCAGAAGGUCAGCGGUUCAAAUCCCCAUGACGAGGUGAGCUCCUGUAGCUUUGUCCCAGCUCCUGCCAACCUCGCAGUUCGAAAACACACCAGUGCAAGUAGAUAAAUAGGUACCACUGUGGCGGGAAGGUAAACGGUGUUUCCGUGCGGUCUGGUUUCCGUCAUGGUGUUCCGUUGUGCCAGAAGCAGUUUAGUCAUGCUGGCCACAUGACCCAGAAAGCUGUCUGUGGACAAACGCCGGCUCCCUCGGCCUGAAGUGACAUGAGUGCUGCAGCCCCAUAGUCGCUUUUGACUGGACUUAACCAGUCAUUACUAGGGGAUUUGCACCUUUAAGGAGCCUUCCAAUUUAAAGUGAACUGAGCUCAUGCUCUUCAUAUUUUGGUUUAAUCCACAAAGGGUGUAGACUUUCUUCAUGGUGGCAAAUCUUCAAUUUGCAUGUGCCCAAACUCUCCCAGCUUCUUCUUACACUAUUAUUAGAAGGCCAUUUUAAGUAGCAGCUCACUGCAGGCUGCAAUUCAUGAACAAUUUUUGUUUAUUGUUUUUGCAUAUGGUGGAUCUAUUAACUACAAAGCUAGACAUCUGUAUUCCACCCUGCCUCACUUCGUUGCCGGUCAAACUCUCCUUGUGGAAUGCAAAUUUCACUAUGUUCCAAAUUCUGAAAGCAGCUGUAGUUUUUCAAAAUCUGAAAACCGCUGGAGUUUUUUGGUUUGGUGUGUAUGUUUGCCAAUGGAGAAAUUUCACUGGUGCACCCUCAAGAAGAGCCUCAUAUAAUUUGUUAGUUACAGUCAUGCCUGGGAUGCCAAUAAGAAAGUAAAGGAACCUGGCAAUGGGAGCUCACCCUGUCGCGCUCUGUCCCAGCUCCUACCAACUUAGCAGUUCAAAAGCACGCCAGUGCAAGUAGAUAAAUAGGUACUGCUAUGGCGGGAAGGGAAAUGACAUUUCCAUGGCUCUGGUUUUUGUCACGGUGCCCCGUUGUGCCAGAAGCGGUUUAGUCAUGCUGGCCACAUGACUCGGAAAGCUGUCUGAGGACAAAUACUGUCUCCCUUGGCCUGAAAGCGAGAUGAGCACCGCAACCCCAUAGUCUCCUUCGACUAGACUUAACCGUCCAGGGGUCAUUUACCUUUUUACCUUUACCUGGGUAGCAUCUGUGAGUAACAGAACUCCCUCUUCUCAUGCCUGCUCCAUGUUGCAGUCUUUAAAAUGUUUUGGGUUUAUUUCUGUUUUCAAACAUAUUUAAAGAUCUAAUACCACCCUGAAAAAUGAAAAGGGGGAGACAAAAAAAAAGCGGCGACAUUCAAUAGAACUACCAUUUCUCACUCCUUCACCAGAACAGUACCCUGCCAUUUUUAAAAAUCUUGUUUCUUCUAUUUAUCUUUAGGAUUCAUAUUAGUAAAAGAAGAGAAGUGAUCCCCCUUGCUACUGCAUCUCCCCCAUUUUAAAGCAUUGUAUAUCUGUUACCCUGCAGCAAAGCAAUCCAACCUUCAGACGUUACUCAGGCUAACCUACUGGUGGAUCUUUGUGAGCACAAGCACUGUAUUUACGAACAAAGUGAAAAAAAUUCCUGGAAAGUUUCUCCGAAACAAAAUAGAGGGUUGGGGAAAAUGUUAUCUUUGCAACAGAACUACCUUGAUGAAUUUCUCUGGAUCCUCUUUAAUAAAUGGGUAAUUUACAGAUAUUUGUAAUGCAUAGGAAUAUCUAGAAAAGCCCUUAAGGCUGCAGCAUCCUUAGAAACACUUUGUAUUUGCAUUCCAAACUGAAUGUUCCUACACUUACUACAGCGUCCCCUGGUGGCAAGAAAGUGCACCUGCACAAUGCAGGAUCUGUGCUCAGCAGGCUUGGACUAGAUGAAGCCCAAGAUCCUUCCUAGCUCUAUAAUUCUGUUACCCCUGCAACGAUUAACGCUACAUUGGCAUAAGUAUAUUCAUAUCAACAAACUGCACUGAAGUCAUUUAUGGCACAAUGAUCAACAACAUAGGCAAAGCUAUUUAAUGCUAGCACUACAACUAUUUUAUGUGAAAAUCUAAUUCUGCCCAUAUCUUCAGUAACAAUGAAGAAGAAAUUUGUUUUGUUUUGCAGCUCAGCGCAAACCUAUCUAUUUAUUUCACACCUUCCAAAACAAUGCUUAGGCUGAAAUACAGUUAUUCUUUGAAAUUCACAUUUCUUGAAUUUUGCAAUGCAGUUCUCUAAUCUAACAUGUUCAAAAAUCUUUAUACUGAGGGAUGAUGUUUAUAAAACGUGCAUAUAUAUAUAUAUAUAUAUAUAUAUAUAUAUAUAUGAAAAUAACACACAAAAAUGUAUAAUGUUACAGAAAAUUGAUUGCAAACAUGUAUUUUAGUCAAGACCGCAUACUGAAAUACCGUAUUUAUAUUAGGGUACAAAGAUCAUUAAAAUCCUGAUUUUAAUAAAACAAAACAAAACACACACCUGCAAACUGAUAGGGAAAUGUGGCAAACUGAAUUAUAGACAGGAAAAAUGAGAUAAGCCAAAAUUGACAGAUUUGUCCAAACCUAAUCUGCAGGUCUGCUUCAGAAAUCAGUGGUUGAAAUCUGUGGUCCCCUCUCACCUGGAGAACUCAAGCAACCUCUUACAGAGGAGGCACACAAAGAAAAGCUUGCAGAUUGUAAAAAAUAUUAUUCAAAUUCAUUAAAAAAAUUAAAUAAGGUUUCUGAUGACAAACCCAGGGUUAAUGUAGAUUAAUACAGGAAGCAGCAGUCCUUGAAGUAUUGGUGUUCUCAGCUGCAUAAGGCUUUAUGAAUCAAAACCAGCUCUUUGCAUGGAAUGCAGAAGUCAAUCAAUGGCCAAUGCAGUCAGGCCAAAAUAAGAGUUAUAUGCUCAAACCAUACUAGUCCCAGUCAACAAUCUGGCUGCUGAAUUCUGCAUUAGCUGCAGCUUCUGAACACCCUUCAAAGGCUGCCCCACAUAUAAUGCGUUCUAACCUAGAGGAUACCAGAGGAGAGAUAACAGAAGCUAAGCUGUCCCAACUUAGAAAGGGCUUCAGCUGGACCACUAACUGAAGCUGAUAGAAGGUACUCCAUGCCAUGGAGUCUUCUUAUGCCCCCAUCAACAGCAGUGAAUCCAGCAGCACACCCAAGGUGCACGCCUAAUGCUUCACGGGACUGCAACCCAAUCCAGAACGGGCUGAACCCCAUUCAUUCAGUCUAGGGAACCACCAACUAACAGUGUAACAGUCAUAUGUGGAUUAAGCUUACUGGUUCUCAUCUAGUCCAUUACCAAAGCCAGAAAUCAAUUCAGCGCACCCUCCAUCAUUUAAAGGAGAAAUAGAGCUACGUGUCAUCAGCACAUGUAAUGACAAUGCUGUCUAAAUCUGUGCAUGACUUCACCUUAAUACACUUUACUUGUGCAAACCUAAAUUCCUGGUUUCCAGUGGAAUCCCUCUCACAAAAUGCUGAUGGUCUUGAAGCAACCUGAUAGUAAGGAAUAUAUAUAUAUAUAUAUAUAUAUAUAUAUAUAUAUACCCAUAAUAAACAGUGCCUAGUCACUUCUGAGAGAGAAGUUAAAGUUAAUGUGGCUGACUUCUGAUUGGACAGACAUAAAUUCAAGCUGCACAGCUCCAAUCCUGGUUUGUUUAUUUUUAAUACUUUCACUGUGCUUCUACUCAGUGCUUUUCCCCCUAGAAAAAUAGGUGCCGGUACUCACCAUGAAGUUGUUACAGUAAGUGCCACACUUUUUAACAACAAAAAGAGGUGCCAGUACUGUGUACACUUGAGUACCCCCUGAAAAAAAUACACUGCUUCUACUCAUAUAUUCAAAUCAACAUUUGAUAAUGGCUACAAACCAAUAAAAACAAACUAUGUAGAUACUUUCAACAAAGCAGAAUAAUAAGCAGUCAUAAAACCCCCAAACUAAUUUGAUGCACAAUUACCUGUAAGCACCGUAGAACACAUUGGGAACUACACUAGAGUAAAGAUGACUUUAUAUGCGGUGGCUUUCUGCUCAAACUUCACAAGAAACCUCUGAAAGUCAAGGGGUCUUCAAGAGCAGCGUCCCAUAUAGUGGUGCAGUUAAGUAAUUUUGGGCUCUGAACUGAAUUGUAUCACAGUUUUCCCCCAACCCCUAAGAUGUGAAUGAAUGCACCUUAUUUUGAAAUGUAGCAAACCAGCACACACAUACUUGAGAAGCCCUCGCGCUCAUUCUGCUGAUGAAGCCUGGGAUUUCUGCCUCAAAGUCCCUCCCCCAACACAUAUCUGAAACCCAAUCAACGUUAUAUGGAUUAGUCAAGAUUUUCUUCAUUCCGGGUCAGAGAAAUCUCUUUGAUGACAUCCUCCUGGCAUUUAUUUUGGUUUAAACAUGCUUAGUUGAUUUUAAAAAAAGUUGUAGUUUCACUGGCCCAUUAUUACAGGCAGUAUUAAUCCCUAAAAUUUUAAGAAUUAAAAAACGGGCUACUUUCCUGAUUCCUUUUUAUCCCUUUGGCUGAAAAGCAAAAUCAAAUAGUUAAGACCCGUUGGCUUUCCAACCUCUCUCACGUUUCAUGAUGUCCUACACAUAUCAUUGUCUUCUCUUGGAAGAUGAUGGGGUAAAAUUCAGAUCAAAGACCAGCAACCAUAUGUGACGGUGUUGUGCACAACUAUACAGUGGUACCUCGGGUUACAUACGCUUCAGGUUACAUACGCUUCAGUUUACAGACUCCGCUAACCCAGAAAUAGUACCUCGGGUUAAGAACUUUGCUUCAGGAUGAGAACAGAAAUUGCACGGCGGCGGCGGCGGCACGGCAGCAGGAGGCCCCAUUAGCUAAAGUGGUGCUUCAGGUUAAGAACAGUUUCAGGUUAAGAACGGACCUCCGGAACGAAUUAAGUACUUAACCCGAGGUACCACUGUACAAUGAAAUGUUGCAACUACAGUACUAAAACUAAGCACAUUUCCAGAAUGAGGUGCAAUUUAGUUAAUUUGGAGCAAGCAAAACAGUACAAUCUAUGCAAGUCUACUUUGUAGUAAUCCUUAUUUAGUUCAACUAAGGUUACUUCCAGCUAAGUAUAUAUAGGGCCUGCAGCCUUACUUCCAGGUAGGUGUGCUUGGGUUUACAGCAUUUGCUAUACUUACCUAGUUAGCUUAGUUAAGCCUUGGAGUGGAGAAGACCUGGCUUAGCAAUCAAUUUCACAAGCAGAGACACACGGUGGAGGAUUAAGAUGAUCAGUAAACUGGAUUAUCUCAUCAGGUGUAUGUUUUUUUCUUUAAUGCCUUGUUAGAAAGGAAUUACACCUGGAUAUUAUUUAAGAAACCAGAACUGACCAGACCAGAACUGACCUGACCAGAACUGCAUGUGGAAAGGGUGGUUUCUUUGCUUCGACAAAUCCCCAUCAUGAAGAUUUUUGGGGAAGUACUUGUUUGUCUGUGGUCUCUAAGGCUACUUUUUUAUGGUAUCUUGUGUUCCCCCAGUCCCAAGGAUGAAGGGGGAUAUCAGACAUCGCUGGUGUCAGAAGCCUCUGAGCUGCCUCCAGUGUUGUUAUUUUGUCCAGAUGUAGAAAAUGGCUAUGGCCAGUUGCCUACUCCUUCCAAGUUAUUGUCUGACCACCAUCAGCAGGAGUUGGGAGAUUGUGUGCCAGGACCACAACUGGAUUCCAAAGCCCUGAGAUACAUGAAGAGGCUUUAUAAAAUGUCUACUACAAAAGAAGGAUUCCCAAAGAUAAACCAUCUCUAUAACACAGUCCGACUCUUAUCUCCAUGUGCUGAAGGCAAGCACCCCACCAUAGGACAAACAAAAGGUAAGUGAGGAGAUAUUUGAUGACAAUCCCCCCCCCCAAAAAAAACCCCUCACAUACACACAUGGUGCUUUGGGGUUGAAUUGUUAUCCCAUCUGUAGAUUUCUUGCCCUUGUAAAUCAAUGGAAUUUCUGUACUGUUCUUCUUAUAAAGGUACAAACAAUACAAUUUGUUGGACCUAUAUUUGUGUCUGUGUAGGUAUGCAACAUUUAGAGGUCAAUAAGCUCUCUGGUCAAGUUCACAUGGAUCUUCUCUAUGAGUAGUUCAUGUUUCCAAGCAUGUAGUAAUGGGAAUUUAUCCUUUUCUAAUGUGUAUCUUCACGCUGGAUUUCUAUUACGGGAUUUCUAAUGUUACUAUUGGGUGGAUAUCCAAAAUUGUAUAAGAGCUUUGUUUAAUUAUUUGUGAGAUAGGCCAAGUGGGGACUGUAAUAAAGCCAAUCUUAAUUUUGGCAGAAAACUCGGAAUGGGUCUGGUCAUCUGGCCACAGUUUGGAUUACUGUAAUGUGCUCUUCAUGGAGCUGCCUUUGAAAAGUGCUUUGAAACUGCAACUUGCUCAAACACCUGUAGCCAGACUGGUGACGCACUGGUUAUAGGGAGCAUAUGGCUGCUUCUGGGCACAAUUCAAAGUGCAGGUUGUCACAUAUCAAGUCCUAUGUGGAUUCAGUCCAGGCUAACCAAAAGACCAUGUUUCUCAAGCGAACCUGCCUGAGCUCUUAGAUCUUCAGGGGAGGCCCUUCUCUUGGUCCCACCACCCUCACAAGCAUGCUUGGGACACAGGAAGAGGGCCUUCUUGGUGGCUGCUCCCAAACUUUACAGCUCCCUUGCUAGAGAAAUUAGACUGGCUCCUUCCUUGUUGUCCUUAUGCUGGCAGGUGAAGGCUUUUUUGUUGCAACAGGCUUUUGGGAACUGCCCAUUUUUAAGAAAAGGGAUUGAGCUGUGAUUUUUUUUUUGGAAUGAUAUGUAUGUUUUAUUAGAGUGUGUGCAUUCAAUUGUUUAAUGAUUGCUUUUUUCCCUAUGUUUUUAGCUGUUUAUACUUUAGCUGUAAGCUGCCUUGAGUCCCUGUUAGUGGAAAAUAUAUAGGGAUAUAAAUAUAAUAAUAAUUUUGGUGGCAUUUAUAUAGAUCUGUUUAGCACUGUGUGAGAGCACUGUUAGGCGCCAAGCCUAUUAGUCGUACCUUGGAACCUGAACACCUUGCAAGCUGAACAUUUUGGCCCCCCGAACGCCACAAACCUGAAAGUUAGUGUUCCGGUUUGUAAACGUUCUUUGGAACUCAAACAUCCAAUGUGGCUUCUGAUUGGCUGCAGGAGCUUCCUGCAGCCAACUAGAAGCUGCGUCUUGGUUUCUGAACUUUUUGGAAGUCGAACAAACCUGAAAAGUUAAGAGAAAGAAAUGAAAGUUUUUGGCCCCUCUAAAACAUUCUGGGGUUGCUCUCGGAAUAAACUGCAUCUUUAGAGUAAGGCACACAACUGAAAUCUUCCUUGAUACUUAUAAUGCUAUGGGGAAGCUGGAGUUGUGAGGAAUUUGCUGCUUAAAUAACAUAAUAUUACGAAUAAAAUGCUAUCAUUGGUACAAAGUGUUUUUUCUUUCUUUUGGCAGGAGACCUUCAUUCACCAGACUUCCUCUUCAGCUUGGACCGUGUUACUGCUUUGGAGCACUUAGUCAAGUCGGUCUUACUCUACUCAUUUGAUAAACCAUUUCCUAAAGCGUGGGCUGUUAUGUGUACAGGUAAUCUAGCUGUAAAGAUGGAUGGUGCCUCUGGUCAUGCACACCCCAAUAUUGAACAUGCCAUGACUUUCCACUUUGAACUUAGACGCAAAUGGGCUGAGAUUGAUGUGACCUCUUUUAUCUGGCCUCUGAUAGCCUCUAACAAUAGAAGCGUUUACAUGGCUGUGAAUAUUGUUUGCCCGAAUGACCAGCCCUCCAACUCCAAAAAGGUUCCCUUUAAUAUGACACAGGCAUCACUUUCUCUUCUCCUGUACCUCAAUGACACCAGUGAGCAAGCUCACCCUACAUGGGAUUUUCUCAAGCACAAGAGAAGGAACUCCAUGCAAGCUAGGCUGGAAAGGGGUCCUUUCGCAGGUCUCAGAGGAGAGGCAGGAAAAGACCUCAAACAGAGCUCAAGAAAGCCUCGUCACCGAAGAGAUGGAGAUGGUCAAGAGGAAAACAAAUCAGUUUCCAUAGACAACUUACGUAAGUACUACGAACAGUUUCUUUUCCCACAAAAUGACUGUAAGCUUCACAACUUCAGGCUGAAAUUCAGCCAGCUGGGCUGGGACAGGUGGAUAAUUGCACCACACAGAUACAAUCCUCGCUAUUGCAAAGGUGACUGUCCAAGAGUAUUUAGGCAUCGCUUUAGCUCUCCUCUGCACUCAAUGGUACAGAACCUCAUACAUGAAAAAAUAAACCCCUCUGUCCCCAGGCCCUCCUGCAUACCUGCUGAAUACAGCCCCCUGAGUGUCUUGGAGGUAGAGCCUGAUGGAUCAAUUGUGUACAAAGAAUAUGCAGAUAUGAUUGCUACCAAGUGCACUUGCCAAUAAAGCCAGUGCUGAUUUAUUAAUAAUGUGAUAUUUUCCCUUAACAGUAGAAGGAAAAUAACCUGUUGGUUAAAAAAGAAGAAGACUUAGAAUGGAGUACUGAGGCAGGUAUUUUCAGGAUAGCAUUUCAUUAGCCCCCUCUGAUUUGAAAGAGGCAAAGUAUGGGAAUAAGGAGGUUUCCUUGUUAUCUUUUUUCUUCAAAAUGGGGGGGAAAGACAUGCAUUGUGAAAUGUUUUGGCUAGGGGAAGAGUGGAAGCGCUGUUUCUCUAGAUAAGCAAAAAAGUAGAAUGCCUGUCCUUUCAUGCCACUUUUGUAGUGUUCUUCUUUAAUCAUGUUGAAAAUAUUUUUUAUUUUGAAGAAAUUUUAUGACAAGUGUUUGGGCGCAGAAGGUUUUAUUAUUGCUAACUGCUCAAUCACUUAAUUUUAAUAAGUACUUUUAGUGAUUGAAACUGGUUGUCUGAGACAGCUCCUGUUCUUUAUUAUGAUGACUACCAGAUGUAAAGGUUUGUUUAAAGCAAUGAAUAACCUUUUGUUUAACUUUGAAGGCUCUCAUGUUACAAAAGAAUGUAAUUGUAAAAAAAAAAAUGUCCUAGUUGUGUGUCUAGGAAAUACCUUACUAGGGUGGCUAAACACAUGACAAAAUCCAGUGUGAUGACACGUCUGAGUGGGCAGUAACCUGUAACCUGCAUGCAGAUCAUACAUGCAGCUUUCUACAUGGAACAAGGGCAUGACUUCAUGCAAGUUUCUUGCUAAGUUCUACACAGAAGUGCCUUCAAACAGAUCGGGGUGGGAAGUGGCCCACAUUACUGUCAAUUGAAUGGAGGGCGCUGGGAAGGAAUCUGUUCAACUUGUCCAUGAGCCUACAUCAGAUAGGAUUGAUGAGCUCUGUUAAAUUUGGCAUUCAGAAAUGUUCAAAUGCUUGCUGUCUUCUAUUCUGGUUGGUUUAUGAACAGGAAACAAAAUUCACCUAAAUACAAAUUAAAACACAAAGUUACAUUCUAGUGUAAUAGUUAAGCGUGUCUGUAAAUGAAAAGUAGGUGGGUUUUCCAGUGAUAAGCUAGCUUAAAGCAUUUUAAUGAUUCCUUUCUUCUGUUGAGGAACUGAAAUUCUGUCUGAAUGUGUUUGUAAACCUGAACACUUGCUGGAAAUAAAUGUGAAGCAGUUAUAGCUUGGCUUGUUUGUUUGCUCUUUCCAGGGAAUAAUUGUGAUUCACUCAUUUUAUUUAACAGGCCACUGA